ACCCGGACUGAUUUUCAUCAGCAUGUUUCCCAUUGUUUAGUAUACGGGUUUAGCAGCUUUCUUCCCUUCACUAACUUGGAGCUAGUUAUUAUGAAAUGGGCUCGCUGCAGACAAACAAGUUAUUGUUGGUCUAUCAGCAGGAGAGGUGUGACAUUUGAACCACGGUCUUUAUUCUUCUGACAACGAUUCCCUUCUGCUGGACUUUAUGCCCACCAAACAAACAUAAUGCAGAUGUUUUUCUGGCUGGUGGAAAAUAUUUCAAAGACAACUUAAGGAAUGGCAAAAUAUAAGAAUGGCCUGAUCAUUCUCCUGGCAACGCUUUGUAUCCUGAAAACAGGGAAUGUCAUCAAAUGGUUAAAUGGUCAAUUACACUCAGAGGAACGACACAUCAUCAAGAGAGUGACAGGAGAUGAACUGCCUGACCACUAUGAGUACCAAGUGUCCAUCGAGCUAAAUGUGACCAGUGUUGACACAAUAUACUUACUUCGCAGCCUGCUGGACAACAAUAGCUCAUCCUUUUCUUUGAGUGCCUCUGCAAAUGUGACACGCAUUGACAUCACCACAGUCUGCUACUCCAAUGGGAGCGACUUCCAAUGCAGAUGUGAGCAGGACUUUGUUUGGUCCUAUGACAAAUGUGUGAUAUAUGGAAAUUGUGCGGCCAUCAUCAACGACGCCUGUACUUGUAUCUCAAGUAUUCCGUCUGACGGGCAAUACUGCCUAUCCAGAAGAGUUGCCAACAUUUCAACUACUUCAGGACCAACAAAAGCAAACACAACACUGUUUACCAACACUACAACUCAAGCAUCAACAACAAAGAUUCCAUUUGGUUAUGAGUCCAUCCUCUCUGUUGAGCUGCUCACCACAAAUUUGAGUGUGAUAAACAUACUAAAGGACAUUCUGAAUGCCACCAGUUACCCCAUCAGCAUCAACAACUACUCAGAAAUAUCUGACAUCAACAUGACUACAGUCUGCAGUCCAAGCAGUGGUGGUUUCCAGUGCAGAUGUGAGGAUCUGCAUCGUUGGUCAUGUGACCGGUGUUUCCAGUAUGGAUCAUGUGACAACGUCACAUAUGACACGUGUGGAUGCAUCAACAGCAUUCCUUUUGAUGGACAAUAUUGUCAAUCUGUUGAUCAAUACAAUUUUACAUCUUGUCCUGUUACAACACCUUCUGCUACAACAACAUAUCCUCCAUUUGUUUAUGAAUCCAUCAUCUCUAUUGAGCUAAACACCACAGAUAUGAGUGUGAUACAACUACUAAAGGACAUUCUGAGAAACACCAGUUACCCCAUCAACAUCAACGACUAUUCAGAAAUCUCUGACAUCAACAUAACUACAGUUUGCAGUCCAAGCAGUGACUAUUUCCAGUGCAGAUGUGAGGAUCAACAUCGUUGGUCAUGUGACCAGUGUUUCCAGUAUGGAUCAUGUAACAACAUCACAAAUGACACGUGUGGAUGCAUUAACAGCAUUCCUUUUGAUGGACAAUAUUGUCAAUCUAUUGAUCAAUACAAUUUGACAUCUUGUCCUGUUACAACACCUUCUACUACAAAAACAACAUAUCCUCCAUUGGUUUAUGAAUCCAUCAUCUCUGUUGAGUUGAACACCACAGAUAUGAGUGUGAUACAACUACUAAAGGACAUCCUUGGAAACACCAGUUACCCCAUCAGCAUCAACAACUACUCAGAAAUCUCUGACAUUAACAUAACCACAGUUUGCAGUCCAAGCAAUGAUGGUUUCCAGUGCAGAUGUGAGGUUCAGCAUCGUUGGUCAUGUGAACAAUGUUUCCAGUAUGGAUCAUGUGACAACAUAGCAAAUGACACAUGUGGAUGCAUCAACAGCAUUCCUUUUGAUGGACAAUAUUGUCAAUCUAUUGAUCAAUACAAUUUGACAUAUUGUCCUGUUACAACGCCUUCUACCACAACAACAUAUCCUCCAUUUGUUUAUGAAUCCAUCAUCUCUGUUGGGUUGAACACCACAGAUAUGAGUGUGAUACAACUACUAAAGGACAUUUUAAGAAACACCAGUUACCCAAUCAGCAUCAACAACUACUCAGAAAUCUCUGACAUCAACAUAACUACAGUUUGCAGUCCAAGCAAUGAUGGUUUCCAGUGCAGAUGUAAGGAUCAGCAUCGUUGGUCAUGUGACCAGUGUUUCCAGUAUGGAUCAUGUGACAACAUCACAAAUGACACAUGUGGAUGUAUCAACAAUAUUCCCUUUGAUGGACAAUAUUGUCAAUCCAAUAAUCAAUACAAUUUUACAUCUUGUCCUGUUACAACACCUUCUACUACAACAACAACAUAUCCUCCAUUUGUUUAUGAAUCCAUCAUCUCUGUUGAGCUAAACACCACAGAUAUGAGUGUGAUACAACUCCUAAAGGACAUUCUGAGAAACACCAGUUACCCCAUCAGCAUCAACAACUACUCAGACAUCUCUGACAUCAACAUAACUACAGUUUGCAGUCCAAGCAGUGAUGGUUUCCAGUGCAGAUGUGGUGAUCAGCAUCGUUGGUCAUGUGACCAGUGUUUCCAGUUUGGAUCAUGUGACAACAUCACAAAUGACACAUGUGGAUGCAUCAAUAGCAUUCCCUCUGAUGGACAAUAUUGUCAAUCUAUUGAUCAAUACAAUUUGACAUAUUGUCCGUUUACAACACCUUCUACCACAACAACAGAUCCUCCAUUUGUUUAUGAAUCCAUUAUCUCUGUUGAGCUGAACACCACAGAUAUGAGUGUGAUACAACUCCUAAAGGACAUUCUGAGGAACACUAGUUACCCCAUCAGCAUCAACAACUACUCCGAAAUUUCUGACAUUAACAUAACUACAGUUUGCAGUCCAAGCAGUGAUGGUUUCCAGUGCAGAUGUGAGGAUCAGAAUCGUUGGUCAUGUGACCAAUGUUUCCAGUAUGGAUCAUGUGACAACAUCACAAAUGACACAUGUGGAUGCAUCAACAGCAUUCCUUUUGAUGGACAAUAUUGUCAAUCUAUUGAUCAAUACAAUUUGACAUAUUGUCCGUUUACAACACCUUCUACUACAACAACAACACAUCCUCCAUUUGUUUAUGAAUCCAUCAUCUCUGUUGAGUUGAACACCACAAAUAUGAGUGUGAUACAACUCCUAAAGGACAUUCUGGGAAACACCAGUUACCCCAUCAGCAUCAACAACUACUCAGAAAUCUCUGACAUCAACAUGACUACAGUUUGCAGUCCAAGCAGUGAUGGUUUCCAGUGCAGAUGUGAGGAUGAGCAUCGUUGGUCAUGUGACCAGUGUUUCCAGUAUGGAUCAUGUGACAACAUCACAAAUGACACAUGUGGAUGUAUUAACAGCAUUCCUUUUGAUGGACAAUAUUGUCAAUCUAUUGAUCAAUACAAUUUGACAUUUUGUCCUGUUACAACACCUUCUACAACAACAACACAUCCUCCAUUUGUUUAUGAAUCCAUCAUCACUGUUGAGCUGAACACCACAGAUAUGAGUGUGAUACUACUACUAAAGGACAUUCUGGGUUACAAUAGUUACCCCAUCAGCAUCAACAACUACUCAGAAAUUUCUGACAUUAACAUAACUACAGUUUGCAGUCCAAGCAGUGAUGGUUUCCAGUGCCAAUGUGAGGAUCAGCAUCGUUGGUCAUGUGACCAAUGUUUCCAGUAUGGAUCUUGUGACAACAUCACAAAUGACACAUGUGGAUGCAUCAACAGCAUUCCUUUUGAUGGACAAUAUUGUCAAUCUAUUGAUCAAUACAAUUUGACAUAUUGUCCGGUUACAACGCCUUCUACCACAACAACAACACAUCCUCCAUUUGUUUAUGAAUCCAUCAUCUCUGUUGGGUUGAACACCACAGAUAUGAGCGUGAUACAACUACUAAAGGACAUUCUGGGAAACACCAGUUACCCCAUCAGCAUCAACAACUACUCAGAAAUCUCUGACAUCAACAUAACUACAGUUUGCAGUCCAAGCAGUGAUGGUUUCCAGUGCAGAUGUGAGGAUGAGCAUCGUUGGUCAUGUGACCAGUGUUUCCAGUUUGGAUCAUGUGACAACAUCACAAAUGACACAUGUGGAUGUAUUAACAGCAUUCCUUUUGAUGGACAAUUUUGUCAAUCUAUUGAUCAAUACAAUUUGACAUCUUGUCCUGUUACAACACCUUCUACAACAACAACACAUCCUCCAUUUGUUUAUGAAUCCAUCAUCACUGUUGAGCUGAACACCACAGAUAUGAGUGUGAUACAACUGCUAAAGGACAUUCUGGGUAACAACAGUUACCCCCUCAGCAUCAACAAUUACUCAAAAAUCUCUGACAUCAACAUAACUACAGUUUGCAGUCCAAGCAGUGAUGGUUUUCAGUGCAGAUGUGAGGAUCAGCAUCGUUGGUCAUGUGACCGGUGUUUCCAGUUUGGAUCAUGUGACAACAUCACAAAUGACACAUGUGGAUGCAUCAACAGCAUUCCUUUUGAUGGACAAUAUUGUCAAUCUAUUGAUCAAUACAAUUUGACAUUUUGUCCUGUUACAACACCUUCUACAACAACAACACAUCCUCCAUUUGUUUAUGAAUCCAUCAUCACUGUUGAGCUGAACACCACAGAUAUGAGUGUGAUACAACUGCUAAAGGACAUUCUGGGUUACAAUAGUUACCCCAUCAGCAUCAACAACUACUCAGAAAUUUCUGACAUUAACAUAACUACAGUUUGCAGUCCAAGCAGUGAUGGUUUCCAGUGCCGAUGUGAGGAUCAGCAUCGUUGGUCAUGUGACCAAUGUUUCCAGUAUGGAUCCUGUGACAACAUCACAAAUGACACAUGUGGAUGUAUCAACAGCAUUCCUUUUGAUGGACAAUAUUGUCAAUCUAUUGAUCAAUACAAUUUGACAUAUUGUCCGAUUACAACGCCUUCUACUACAACAACAACACAUCCUCCAUUUGUUUAUGAAUCCAUCAUCUCUGUUGGGUUGAACGCCACAGAUAUAAGCGUGAUACAACUACUAAAGGACAUUCUGGGAAACACCAGUUACCCCAUCAGUAUCAACAACUACUCAGAAAUCUCUGACAUCAACAUAACUACAGUUUGCAGUCCAAGCAGUGAUGGUUUCCAGUGCAGAUGUGAGGAUGAGCAUCGUUGGUCAUGUGAACAAUGUUUCCAGUUUGGAUCAUGUGACAACAUCACAAAUGACACAUGUGGAUGUAUUAACAGCAUUCCUUUUGAUGGACAAUUUUGUCAAUGUAUUGAUCAAUACAAUUUGACAUCUUGUCCUGUUACAACACCUUCUACAACAACAACACAUCCUCCAUUUGUUUAUGAAUCUAUCAUCACUGUUGAGCUGAACACCACAGAUAUGAGCGUGAUACAACUGCUAAAGGACAUUCUGGGUAACAACAGUUACCCCCUCAGCAUCAACAACUACUCAAAAAUCUCUGACAUCAACAUAACUACAGUUUGCAGUCCAAGCAGUGAUGGUUUUCAGUGCAGAUGUGAGGAUCAGCAUCGUUGGUCAUGUGACCGGUGUUUCCAGUUUGGAUCAUGUGACACCAUCGCAAAUGACACAUGUGGAUGUAUCAACAGCAUUCCUUUUGAUGGACAAUAUUGUCUAUCUAUUGAUCAAUACAACACAUCUGGUUGUCCCAUCUCAACCACCUUUCCUACAACACAUACAACAACUGCCAGUACAACAACAACAACAACAACAACAACCACAACCACAACAACAAAUACAACAACUGCCAGUACAACAACAACAACAACCACAACAACUCCCUCACCUGCAACUCCAACAACAACAACAACAACAGCUCCUUCAACUACGGUGUCUCCAUCAACAGAAUUUGAGCUGGAAGUGUCAAUCAGAUUGGACAGGGAAUACUCGGCAGAAUUGGGCGAUACAACAAGUGCUGCUUUCCAAGAGUUGGCGUCUCAAAUCUCACCUGUGUUAAGUGAACAGUACAGUACAAUAACAGGAUUCAUUAGUGUUAAUGCGAGAGCUUUCAGCCCAGGAAGUGUGAUCACAGACUUUGUUUUACGAACAUCACAAGUUGAUCAUCAGGAAUUGGCUGCUGUCAAUCAAAGACUCCCUGAAGCAAUGCAACCAAUCGGCAACGUUAUCGGCACAGUUAGGACACUUUACAACAGUGGGACGGCAAUCCUAUCCCCGGCUGUGACGUAUACUGACAGCUCCAUGAGGCUUAUAUGUGGUCCCAUUCCUGCCAGCAUUAAUCUGGGCAACAUCACAGACACCGAGUGGUAUCUGAACGGACAGGAUAUCAAAGAGAACAGAAGAUUUCGAAUAGCUACAUCCGAACGACAGUCUGACUUAACAAUUGGGAACGUAAUUCUGGCGGAUGCAGGGUUAUAUGAAUGCAGUCUGAUGAGCGAAGUUAUGAGUUUUGUACAAAAUGGAAGAGCUAACAUCAACCAAGCUCCAAAUAUUCGACUCGCGGGUCAGGUCAACGUGAAAUGUUCAGAGGAAGCGACGCAGCCCAUUCAGUGCUGUGUGCAGUCCGAAUAUGUCGUGCACUGGUUCCAGAACAACUUGCAGUUAAGUUCCGACAUCAGUACUGAAAGGGGAAGCUACUGCAUCACGCACAGGCACCGAAUAACCGGCUGCAGCUCUUUCACGACACAAUCGUUACGUUUUGUAUGUCGAGUGGAAACACCAAGCGGCUUUGAAAAGACCCUAACCAUGAUCCUUUUUGUUGAUGAUGUUUUAUGUAACAACGAUGUGUACGGGAGCGGGCGACUCGGCGACUUGUCAACUGCAGCGUGCGAUGCUGGUCAGGAGGGCAGCCGGACCGCACGAUGCAGCAGCACGGGACUGUGGCGUCUUCUGGAAGAUAACUGCAUUGUAGCCCAGAUCAAGGACUUGCUCGUCAUUUCCGAGGAUUUGAUUGAAGAGGAUGUGCCACAAUUUGCUGCAAAUCUUAGUCAGGUUGUACAGGAGGAAAGAGAAGAAAUUUCCAAUUCAUCUGCAACCAUCUCAGCCAUUGUUGGCAUCCUGAGCACACUUGCAAAUGUUUCACAAGACGUGAAUCGAGAUGUGAUGGAGAAUGUGCUGGAAACAGUCGAUGUAAUCAUUGCUGACGAUGCCAGAGAGUCCUGGGAAAUUCUGAGAGAGAACGUCACUCGAAAUGCGAGCUCACAGUUACUGGAUUCGAUGGAGAUUUUCUCCGACAGAUUGGUUGGAGAGUUCCUCAUCAGAACUGGGUCGAUUCUGCUCAAUAGAACAUCGUUCAAUGACUCCUUCUUGGCAGACUUCAACUCUAGCGUUGUCAUUGACAUUUCUAGCACCGACUUGAACAACGUGUCCAUCACCACCAUUGUCUUCUCCACUCUUGAUAAUGUCCUUCCACCUCGGAACUCCAGCUUUAAUGACACCCUCGUCCAAACCUCAGAAACAUCUGUUGAAUUUAAUGACACCAUUAAUGCUGAGGUGAUGCUUGUCAGAGUGAGUGCAGAAAUUCAGAAUGUUACUCUAAGCUUCCAAAAACUGAACAACUCUUUGGAAAAUAACCCGCAGUGCGUCUUCUGGAACUUUACCCUUUUUGAUAACUUGGGUGCCUGGGAUGAUGAGGGUUGCACUUUAAUUUCCGAUAUCAACAACACUGUGACUUGCAACUGCAACCACCUCACCUCAUUCUCCAUCUUGAUGGCAACUAAUAUCCCGGAAUCAAUUCGAGUUGCUCUGGAUGUCAUCACAUAUGUUGGAGUUGGAAUAUCUCUGGCAAGUCUUGUCAUCUGUCUCAUCAUUGAAGCAUAUGUUUGGAAAGCCAUGACCAGGAACAGCACUGCCUUCAUGCGCCAUGUUUCCAUUAUCAACACUGCCCUGUCUUUGUUGAUUGCGGACAUUUGCUUCAUUAUUGCUGCCUCCUUUGCCAAGAACCCACUUGAAAACCCAGGAGAAGAUCAUCAAGUUCCUUUGGGACCGUGUAGUACAGCAACAUUUUUUAUGCACUUUUUUUACCUGGCUUUAUUCUUUUGGAUGCUGGUGUCAGGACUUCUCCUCUUCUACCGGACCGUCAUGGUCUUCUCCCACAUGUCCAAGUCAGCCAUGUUGGCCAUUGGCUUUGUUUUUGGCUAUGUGUGCCCUCUUAUAAUAGCUGUUAUCACUGUUGCUGUCACAGCCCCGGGGAAAGGAUAUAUCAGAGAAAACGAUGCAUGCUGGCUGAACUGGGUCAAGACCAAGGCCCUGCUGGCCUUAGUGAUACCGGCUCUGAUCAUCGUUGUCAUAAACAUUCUGAUUGUAAUCGUGGUCUUGUUCAAAAUGCUGAGAAGAGGUGUAAGGGAAGCAAACGCCACAGAUGAAAAGCAUACGCUGGUUGUCAUUGCCAGAUGUGUGAUCAUUCUGACUCCUCUCUUUGGGUUGACCUGGUCUUUGGGAGUGGGGACCAUGAUCUCACCCACAAAUGAGGGGAUCCAUAUUGCAUUUGCCUUCUUCAACUCACUGCAGGGAUUCUUCAUUUUAGUCUUUGGGACACUGUGGGAUUCAAAGAUCCGAGCCAUCCUCUCCAGAAAGCUGCCGACUUCAGGCAGCGGCUCCAGCUCCAAUCAAACUGCCAGUACAAGUCGUGGCAUUUCUUCAAUGGUUGGACUAAAAUGGAUCAGCAGACUCCAACAAAGAAAUAUCUACCAUGUGUCAGAAGUUGCGAACUCAAGCAGCUCCAGCGGCUCCCAGUCCUACUCCAACACUUAAAUGCAACCAACUCUGACUUACUGAACUACAUUUACAUUUAGCAAAGUCCACAAUACCAGUGUCUUAACUAAAUUGUAUUUGGUAAAUUCCACAAUAAAGUCCACUAUACGAGUG